AGGCAAGUUAGCUAGUUGUUUCGGUUCAAGCUGUAACUUUCAGCCGUGUUGUUGUUCGUCUUUGUCGGGAGAAAUCGGAAAAUUUACUCCGGGGAUUCGGCCUGGAACAAUAACCGGAGGACUGAAGGAGUCAGGCUAUUAAAAGCUCAAAAUGUCGAUUCUGGGUCUUAAAAAGAAACAACCCAAGACUUUUAAAGUCAAAGUCAUCACCAUGGAUGCAGAGAUGGAGUUCAGCUGUGAGGUAAAAUGGAAAGGCAAGGACUUGUUUGAUCUGGUGUGCCGAACUAUUGGACUGAGGGAAACUUGGUUCUUUGGUCUCAGGUACACUGUGAAAGACACGUAUGCUUGGCUUAAGCCUGACAAACGGGUUUUGGAUCAGGAUGUACCAACAGACUCUCCUAUAACAUUUCAUUUUCUUGCUAAAUUCUUCCCUGAAAAAGUUGAGGAGGAACUCGUUCAGGAAAUCACACAGCACCUUUUCUUCUUACAAGUCAAGAAACAAAUACUAGAUGAGGAGAUCUUUUGCUCUCCGGAGGCCUCGGUCCUUCUGGCAUCAUAUGCUGUUCAAGCCAAGUAUGGAGAUUAUGACCCAAAUUUCCACAAACCAGGCUUCCUGGCACAAGAUGAACUCUUGCCUAAAAGGGUUCUGAUGCAGUAUCAGAUGACACCAGAGAUGUGGGAGGAGAAGAUCACAGCUUGGUAUGCUGAGCACAGAAAUCUAGCAAGGGAUGAAGCUGAAAUGGAGUAUCUGAAAAUAGCACAGGAUCUCGACAUGUAUGGCGUCAGCUAUUUUUCAAUCACACAAAACAAAAGAGACAAGGAGCUCCUGCUUGGUGUCGACGCACAGGGACUUCAUAUCUACAGCCCCAAUAGCAAACUGAAUCCCCAGAAGUCUUUCCCCUGGAGCGGCAUCCGCAACAUCUCAUACAGUGAGAAAGAGUUUACUAUUAAGCCGCUGGACAAAAAGAAGGACGUCUUUAAAUUCUAUUCUUCACAACUCAGAGUAAAUAAGUUGAUCUUACAGCUGUGUAUUGGGAACCAUGACCUGUUUAUGAGGAGGAGGAAGGUGGACUCUAUUGAAGUGCAGCAGAUGAAAGCUCAAGCCAAAGAAGAGAAAGCUAGGAAAAAGAUGGAGCGUCAGAUUCUAGCGCGGGAGAAGCAGAUGAGGGAGGACGCAGAGCGGGCGAAAGAGGAGAUGGAGCGCCGGCUGUUUCAGAUUCAGGACGAGGCUCGUAUGGCUAAUGAAGCUCUGCUGCGCUCUGAGGAGACGGCAGACUUGCUAGCGGAGAAAGCCCAGAUCGCUGAGGAGGAGGCAAAGCUGCUGGCUCACAAAGCAGCCGAAGCCGAGCAGGAGAGGCAGAGACUGGAGGUCACGGCCCUCAAGACGAAAGAAGAACACAGGCUAAUGGAGCAGAAGAUGAGGGAGGCGGAGCAGUUAGCUGUAAAACUGGUGGAGCAGUCAGAGAGGAGGACAAAGGAGGCUGAUCAUUUAAAGCAGGAUCUGACCGAGGCCAAAGACGCAGAACGUAGAGCCAAGCAGAAGCUGCUAGAGAUCACCAAAACUACAUACCCCUUGAUUGCUGCGUAUUCUAAUCCUCCACCCACACCUGGACCUGACAGUACGGAGAUGCAGAUGGACGUGGCCGCCUCGUACCGCCUCGAAGACUCUGACAUGAAGAGACUGUCCAUGGAGAUCGAACGUGAACGGCUAGAGUACAUGGAGAAGAGCAAACACCUUCAGGAUCAGCUUAAAGAGCUGAAGUCAGAGAUCGAGUCUCUGAAGCUGGAGGAGCAGCAGCAGCAGGCGGGUCUUUACAGCCUGAGGGGUUACUCUGAGCCGCCCUACAUCCCCCACAGCAACAGAAACUCAGCCUACAUGACUCAGAUGGCGUUUUUCGAAGAAGUGUGAAUAGACAGAAACCUGACAAGGAGGACGGAGGUGAAGAAAUCAUCACUACAGUGUGUGACACUUAUCAGGGAAUGUACGAUAUCGAGCACCGAUUAUCAAGCACACACUCCUGCACAAAACACUUCGGGGGGAAAAAGUCAUUUGAAAUCAUUUUACUGACUGGUUUAAAAGCUCACACUAAAAGUGCUGUGCACAGAGCAACACAGAGGUUACUACAGUUUUCAAGCAGAUGUUUAAUUUUUGCAAUGCCAAAAAAUCCUUUUAUUUUUGUCUUAUCUAAACCAUAUCAUAAAAUUAGUUUUCACAAAAAGAGAAAAGAACUUUCCUUAUAUUUCAUUAAGGUUGAGUACGUCUGUUUAAUUUCACCAGGGAAGUUUAACUAAUGUGCAACUGCUUGUUACCAUCAGCCUUUUCAUUUUGAGAGAACAUUUCAUCGGCGUCACAUUUUCCUCCUGGAUUUCAGCUAGUAACAAGCAGUCCUCUUGCACUAGUGCCUUUUUAACGCGCAUGAUCGAAGCCAGGUUUAUGCAGUGUUUGUUACGAAUGCAGGGGUAAAUUAUAAAAAGAAUUAUGUCUCCGGUGUAACACUGCACAGUCUAACAGACCUCUGAUGCUUUACCUUUUCUGGCAGCUCGGUUUCCGCUUCACUGUUUAUUCAUUUCACUCGGAGGACUCGAAGCCUGGCUCUCUCCACUUUCUGCAUCCAUGGUAAAAGAUUUAGCCAUAUGCCCAAACCACUGCUACAGUCCUUUCCUUACAAAUGUGCCUGAACUUCAUUCAUCACGUUAUUUUCAAUAACGAAUCCGACAGAAUCAAGCUCUUACAAUCUAGACAAGUCAUUUCCUUUUGCACUGUAGUGGGUGUUGCAGCUUGUAAAGCGUAGCACAGGUUUGCAUUUUCCUGAAAAUGCUGUGCUGUAAGGAAUAAAAAACAACAAGGAGUGCUGUUAAAUAUACACCAAAGGAUUGAUUUUCCUCUUAUACAACAGCCAUUUUUCGAAUUUUAAACAAUGUCAAUGUUUUAUUUUUAAUGAAACACAUUGUGCUUUUUAUCUGCUUUGUAAAACAUAAAUAUUUAUGCCUCGUGUAAGAAAGCGUCAAACCAUAGAGCUCUGACUUUUGACACUCCUUUCGUAAACGUCUACACUUAAAACACUAGGUCAACAAUUCCACCCAGUUUUACAUUGGAUUAUGUGAUUGUUACUGUACAAACAAUAGAGGGGACUGACAGGGGGAUUAACAUCGGGACUGCAGCAAACAAUACUAAACUACUGACACUAACAGGACAAAAACUAAACCCUACUGUACUAUAAAGGCCAGCAUUAGUGCUGUUUUAGACGACGUGCAUAUAAAAUUAAAACACCAGCUAAAGUAUCCAUGUCCUGUCCAGAUUGUGUGCUUUCAAAUGAUUUAUAGAGACCAUUUCAAUUUAUACUCAUUCGUUUCAGCUGCACAACGUUCUUUUCUUUACUUUUUUUUUAUUCCCCAAUUGUCAGUUUUGCAAUAUUAUACUUUUCUUGUGCUUGGAAAAAAAAAACAGGCCAUUUUCUAUAACAAAUUAUUUAUACUUAAACCCUUUUUUUAUUACUUUUAAACAAUUUAAAGAAACCAUUUCAAUUUGUACUCAUUCGUUUCAGCUGCACUAGGUUCAUCAUUCAUGUUUAAAUGGUAAUGUCACAGAACAUUCAGUGUGUAAUGACCGAUGUUCUUAAACACUAUUUUUUUCUUUGCUUUGUUUUCUUUUCCCCCAUUGUCAGUUUUACAAUUUUUCUUGUACAUUUCUUGUGCUGUAAAAGAAAAAAACAGGCCAUUUUUUAUUACAAAUUAUUUAUACUUAAACCCUUUUUUUUUUUCUUUUAAGCAAGUGAUUAUGGUUUAAAGUGAUAUGCGGUUUGUUCUUCAUUCUUGUUUUUGUGUGUAUCUUGAUGCCAUCCUGGUCAGUAUGAAACUGCAUGGUUUAAACUGGGAAUAGCUCAGUUCUCAGCUAUUGAUUAAAGUGGCAGAAAAUGUUUGGGGUUUAGCAGUAAGCUUUAGAGGUUUACAAAGAUUUCAUGAUGCUUUGAAUUUGAAAAUUGGGCAAUUCUCCCGUAGCAUACUACCUUUGUAGCACAUAAACACAAGUUCAUUAGUUUUUGGUAAAAAAAUAAUAAUAAU